CAUUUGGAUAUGGUUUUUGUUUACAUACAGCAGCCGACCUCGACCGCGCCCACCCGUCGUUUAUAAAUUUUAUCUUUUUUUGUUUGCCGACAUUCAUUUACAUGAUUUAACAAUACUUCGUGAAUCGUGAAGAUCUUAAUGUUUAGAAAAAUGUCACCUUUUCCAGUUAUUGGGGUGCUUCUUGCCGUUGGCGUUGUGAAGUCUGCAGAGGCUACAUCUGAAAAGACAGCCAUCAUAGCACUGAGUAUUUUUAUUGUCAUUCCUGCCCUUUUUCUCCUGACCUGCUGCACAGCUCUGAUUUUUGUCUGUCACUACCGUCACAAGAUCCCAAUCUUCAAAUCUUUUUGGAGCAAUGCCAAGAAAGGCGCCGGUACCACGGGAAAGACCCCGACGUCCUCAGCUCCACCGCCCCCCUAUGCCCCAACCAACCCCAUGCCACCUCCAGCUGGAAACCCUAGUGCUCCUCCUGGACAGAACUCUCCAGGAUCGCAUGAGAAUCCUAUUGAAGUGGAUGAAGUGGUGAUACCGAUCAAGAAAGAAUGAUCAAAAUUUGCUGAACAUAUUCAAUGCAAUAUUGUUCCUCUGAUGAUGGCUUACAAAUGACUUUGAGCUGGAAAUCACUUUUAGAGUAUUUCAAAUGGAGGCACAAUAGCUCUGUCAGCAGAGCGAAGGUUUUGGAUACUGGUGACCAGGGUUUGUAUCCCACUUGUUGCACUAGUGCCCUUUGCUAAGGCAUUUACCCUGGUUACCAGACCCCUCGGAGUGGACCAUAAGCUGUUGGUCCACUGGUUGCUUGCUUAAUGCUUACAAGCAUUCAUACUUUAUAAG